GGUGAAACAUCAAAUUACUAUAAGUUUGUUUGUAGCUUUUACCCAAAGUAAUCUUACACUUUUCAUUCCCCAAGCAAACUUCCAAUAAUCUCAAAUCAGUCUCAUAACGAUGGCUCUUUUAGAAUUUUCCAAUGUCCUGCUAUUCUUUUGUUUACUUUAUGCAAUUUCUUGUUUAAUUAUCGGUCUAUACAACAUCACAUUUCAUCCUCUUGCCAAAAUCCCUGGACCUAGAUUACGUGGUGCCUUUUACUUUCCAACCUACUGGGAGAUUUGGACCGGUGAUGGGGCGGCAAACGUGAAGAAACUGCAUGAUCUUUACGGAAACACUGUUCGAAUAUCUCCUGCAACAGUGUCUUUCAACAACUCCGAAGCUUGGCAAGAGAUCUAUGGCCAACGCCAUGGGAAAAAGCCAAUCCCAAAAGAUAAAGAGAUAUAUUUCUCCGGAAAUGACGGAGUCGCAGAUAUCAUCUCAUCCAACGAUGUAGACCACACUCGGAUCAGACGAGCGCUAAGCCAUGCCUUCUCAGAAGCUUCUCUUCGUGAGCAAGAGCCUCUAAUGAAUGUGUACUUUGACCUUCUCAUCCAGAAGCUCUACGAGCAAAUCGACAGUCCCUCAAACGGCAAAGUGAACAUUGUCCGAUUCUUCAACUUCACAACAUUCGAUUUGAUCGGCGACCUAUGUUUUGCCGAAUCUUUCGAUGCCCUUCGUACCCAAGAAUACAAUUCUUGGAUUGCCAAUAUCUUCAAGGGUCUCAAGUUUGCACGCCUCUUCCGCGUCAUGCGUGCGUACCCGCUGGUUGGAAUGCCGAUUUUGGCUAUGCUAGCGCUGUUUCCUGGACUUCAGAAGGCGAGACAGAGACACAUACAAUAUACGCAAGAUAAGACAGCUCGUCGACUAGAUACCGUUACUGACAGACGCGAUUUUAUGAGUUAUAUUCUUCGUCAUAACGACGAGAAAGGGAUGACGAGAGCUGAGAUCAUGAAAACUACUGGCACGCUCAUUAUAGCAGGGAGCGAAACUACAGCUACGCUACUUAGUGGUGCUCUCUUUCAUCUCCUCAAAAAUCCUUCUUGUAUGACAAUUCUCGUCCAAGAAAUUCGUACAGCGUUUGCAGAGUCAGCCGAUAUGACAUUUGUAAAGCUCGCUAAUCUGCGAUAUCUAAAUGCCUGUCUACAAGAAGCCUUUCGUAUCUACCCGCCAGUUCCAGGAGUACUACCUCGAAGAACUCAACCUGGCGGCGUCAUCAUUAACGAUUACUUUAUCCCUGAAGAUGUAUCAGUCGGUGUACACCAAUGGAGUGCCUACCACUCUGCAGCCAAUUUCGCACUUCCAGAUCGAUUUUUACCCGAAAGAUGGCUGGAUGACAAUAUUUCCAAUUCGCGUUUUGCGUCGGACAAGCGCGGUGUAGUACAACCAUUCUCCGUUGGACCUAGAAAUUGCUUAGGACAGCAUCUCGCAAUGGCAGAGAUGCGAGCCAUUCUCGCGCGGAUCCUGUGGCACUUCGAUAUCAAUUUGUGUGAGGAGAGUCGCAAUUGGAACGAGCAGAAAGUGUUCAUAUUGUGGGAAAAACCGGAUUUGAUGGUUACUGUGAAGGCGAGAGAAUGAUGGGAUUUCUUCUCAUAGAAAUCUGAAGCGGAAUCAGGAAUACACGGAAGAAUAUUCAAGGAAACUACAUAACUUAUGCAUUCGUAUAAUUGCAUUCUCUAGCGAAAUAUUCGAUGGCAUUGACUGAUCCCCACCCUUUGAUGUGGCCUAAAAGUAAUGUUCCUGUUUUGAAUGAUAUCA